AUGACGAGUCAAGGGUGCCGUACCUGUCGCAAGAGGCAUCAAAAAUGCGACGAAAGAAAGCCAACGUGCUGGAACUGUCGCUGGCGUGGCAUCGAAUGCGGCGGCUACGGCAUUAAGUUGGCCGAUUUCACUGUCUACAGCGGCCGCAAGGGUCAGAUGGUGUCCAGAAUGAUGAGAGAUGAAUCGGAUGGUGAUCAGAUGCAUCCUGGAGAUGUGCCCGCCGAUGGAGACGCUUCGUCGACCCCGACCGACGCCGAUCGCCCACCUUCAGAGUCUCUUCUCCACAUCAAAACACAAGAUACGACUCGAUUCGCCUCCGAAUCUCAUAGUUCUGGAGAUGACACCAAUUUCGCCGUGAGCCCGGGUGACGCUAUGGUCACAGAAUAUGCCUUCGGUGGUGACCAGGCUAGCCUCGACAGCCAAGACGACGAACAAGACAGUCGACGGGACAUGGAAGAUCUUUGCUUACGGCUCUAUCCCAUUAAAACCGAACAGAAUCCUUACCGAAUCAUUUAUGGAUCUCUAGCUGCUCAGUCUGAGCCGCUCCGGAAGGCAAUUCUCUUCGCGUCGGCCUUGCAUCGCUCCAAACUGGGCAAACUACCCACAUUUGCCAUCAAGCAUUAUCGCACCGAUAUGCAGGAAUCAUUCCGCAGCGCUCUGUGCGAGGGAGGCGAGCCUUGGAACCUUGCAGCGACCGCUCUUCUCUCGGCUCUGUUUGAUAUCAUCGGCACAGGAAUGAACACCUGGAGCUCAAAACUCAUUGGAUGUCGUCGAUUGCUGCAGCUAGCGUCUCUAUCAAGCGAAAAAGUCCCCAAAGGUUUCCAAUGCGUUGUAUUACAGUACAACUGGGCAGCUACCAUGAGUCAAACACUGCUCAAGGGGGUAGUACCCGCCGAUACCUGUGAAGAAAUCAGAUGCAUCGACGAGGUGCCAAUGAGCCAAACAGGCGCAAGUCUCACCAUGGCUGAACACCAAUCCCACUGGUGGGACAAUCUCCCAGACUAUCAAAUGCAUUUAUUCCUACGGCAGGCGACCGAACACUCCAUCACGAUCGACCGACUAAGAGCCGCCGGUGACACCGAGCACUUACUACAGCUCAUGCCCCGAGCCGCCGAGCUUGUCAACAUGAUCCAAGCCUGGCAACCUCACACGUCGACCGUUCCAUCCGAGUACCUUGACUCAGUGCUACAUUUCAACGAAGUUUGGAGACUGGGCAUGCUCUGUUUCGUCCACAGCGAAGUCUAUGGUCUAGGACCUCGAGACCGAAACAUCCAACGAUGGGUGGAGGCAUCUCUAGAGCCGAUUCGGAAGCUCAGCUGGCUGCAGGCGUGCUUGUUCCCCUUGUUUAUGAUUGCGCUGCAUGCCGAGAACGAAAGGGCCCGUCAGAUCAUCCGCUUUAAACUUGGGGAAAUGCACGCUACUCUGGGCUUUCAGGGCCCGCUAUCGGUGGCUUCUGUUCUCGUGAAUAUCUGGAUGCGAUCAGAUGGUAUGGGCACUGGGAAGGUUCAGUGGAGAGAGGCUAUUCGAGAGAUGGGGAUGGAGCUUAAUAUCUUAUUGUGA